ACUCUCACGAUCCCUAGAGCCGCGUUGAUCGGUAUUCCAUCACCUCAAUCGAUACCACACUUCAAUCUCUACAUCCAUUCAUCUACGUCGCGAAACCUGGAGAAGAUAAUAAUGCUGCCUUUGAUCUAGGCGGAUCAUCCCUGCAAAACUAUCGCUGCUGCUGCUGCUGCUGCUGCUGCUGCUGCUGCAACUUCAAAGACGCAGUCUUACACUUCAGCAUUCAUGGCGACUCCCAUUGCCCCCUGGGCAGACACAGAGGCGAGGGCAGAGGCCGACGAGCCAGCCGAUGGGCUUGGCUUAGGCGUCGGCUCCUCGUCGAUGGCUUCAAGAGAGGAGAACAAGUCUUCGAUCCCUUCGUAUCUACAAGCAGGAUCUGCCCCCGAACCAUUGCAGCCUUGCUCUGCCGAGGGCGACUGUUCAGGUAUGGCGUACACCAUCGAUGGAAAGCUCCUCAUUGGCGGCUUGGCGGUUGAUGGUUCUGCCACCGGCGAGAGUGGAUGGGCCAAUGUGGGUGAUGUGAUAAAGCCAGUCGCCCCGUCUAGUGCUGGCAAGGAAAGGGUUCAAGCACUGCCAUCACCACUCCCGACACAAAGGGGUGCUAGUAGCAACUUUAACCACUGUCAUCCUGCCGAAGGACCCGCCACAUUCGGGGAGAAGAGAGCGGAGGAUGGCUCUGGCGAGAGGGGUGGAUUGGGUGAAUCCGCAAAUGGACGUGCAUCGUGGCUGAGCACCCUGACGGGAAAGCGGCGGCAACACGGCCAAGGAGUGGGAUCGUCUGCCAUUACAUUAGCAGACAUCGUUGGUGGCAGGACGUGUCGACCUAUCGCGCUUAGCGACUUGAGGAUUUACCUCGCCAAACAGCGCGACAUCGAAGACGCGAAUGAGCUGUUGGCUCCCGCCAUCGACACCACCUCUUUCCAAUUGAGUGAGCUUCCUCAACAGGGCAACCUCUCAACGGCCAGUACAGAGAAUCUACGCGUGCAGGCAUCUCCCGUGGAAGACUACGCAAGGGAAAAGGUCGCCAUCAGCUUCGUCGAGCCGACUGCGCACCUUCAAUCCCAAGCUUCAGGGGAGUAUAGCGCCGUCGAAUUCGUCGUCGCCUUUGACCGAUAUGCACGGCAAUACCGGUCCCUCACUGCACAGCAGAAGCAGGCUAUGGCAGGUCCCGCUACGAGCGCCAAUCAAGCAAUGCGUGAACGGUUCGAUCGACUUGUGCAGAGACACGUUGGACCUCUACCAGGAUCAACAGUCUCGCGCAGUCGCUCCUCGUCGGCGGCCACCAAGUCAGACAAGGGCAAGACAAUCACAACGGGCCUGAUGCCCAUCUCUCCACGUCCACGACCCACCUGUCGGCUUCAAUGGAUGAUCGAUUUGGGAUUACUGGACGAGGGUGUCGUCUCCUUGGCUCUUUCGGAAGCUGGCCUCACCACCGAUCCAGAGGUCUUGCUUCCCGUCGUCAACUGUAUCGUGUCCCACGUCGACACCUACGUCUUGCCCUCUUUCCUCGAGGCUGCCUCUCGCAAUCUCGGAAAGGGCACCUCCAACGGAAGACUGUAUUCCGGCAUCUCUCUGACCGCGCUGGCCAUUCUCUUCACUGUGCUCCUGUGCAUCGAGCCGAGUCCGUUGACAGGUACCAACAUCUCGCGCUGGUACCGUCUUCUGACCUUCCCUCUUUGGGCAUUUGGAAUCGGUUUCAUCUUUGCAGCCUACACGGGUGUUUGUAUGUGGCUCAGUCUGAGGGGCAACAGGGAUGUUACUGGCGAAGAGAAAGGCCUAUCCACACCUUCCGAGAUUGAGAGCGAAGAGGGGUCAGCUCCAGCGAUGGCGACGGACAAUCGUCAGUGGUUGCUUGCACCCGAGGUCUGGAGGAUGCUAGAGUACGUCGGGCUCAAGAAGGUGCUGGACAAGAUUGGCAAUGGGAGGCCUUCCACUCCCGAAUUUGGAAGUCAAGUACAGCGUACAUCCUCGAGGCUCUCACAGCAGCAGGACACUGUCACUGUCGCUGAAGGAGAAGGCUCUUCUGCCAAUGGGCAGGCCAAGUCCCAACGUAAGCCCCUCACUCCAGUCGAGGAGAAGACUGAACAGCCCCUCGCCUCUUCGGCCGCGGCGGCAGCGGCGAGCAAGAAGGGGACGGCCUCUCCUCGUGCUGAGCCCGCGAUGCAGUCCCCUAGUCUGAUGGGUAUCCCAUCAGCACAGAGCAAGUCAGUCUCUCCACGUCUGAUGACAAAGACGAUCAGUAUCGUCCCCGGUCUGGAAGUGGGCGUGCGGACCCUGGUGGGCCCCGGAGGCGAAGCACUCGCCCCGCCUGCGUCACCAACCCACAGACCGUCGAGCUCCCUCUCCGUCUCCGCUGCAGCGGCUUCGAUGAUAGGACGCGCAAGGGCGCACUCCAACGCUGCUUCUCUAGCAUCGUCGCGAGCUGUGUCGAUUGCUGGUCUCGAGGAGGGACAACAAGGCGGGCUAUCGAGCGCUGGCGGACAUCGCAGCUCGGUAGAGCAGGGCGAAGGGUCAGCUUCGACCAAUGUCAUUGGGCAAGUCUCCUUCCUACCUCCUGCCACACCGCCCAGCUCUGCCCCUGCUAGACGGAGGAGGAGCGUCUGGGGUAGAGCAGUGGAUGGAGCGCAGACACUCGUGGGCAUGUCUGUGAAUACAGAGCGCGUUAGAGAUGAGCGCAUCAGGAAGAUACAUCUGUGGAGAGCAGCAAAAGCACUUGCUAUCGAUGGCGCUCUCUCCGCCGUGGUGAUGAUCAUCAUUGUGGUGAUCCCCUAGAGAGGCUCACGGAAAGACUCGACUGCCAGAACUCCCUCCAUCUGGCUAAGCCCAUCCAAUCUCGUCGCGCAUCGUCCGCACUCGCACCUUGCAUCUCGUUUUCGUUUUCCGGUUACCUCCUCGUCCCUAUAUAUUCUGCACCCCGAGUCUGUGUUCACGGCCCUGUACUAUAUCACUAUCCUGA